CUAAGCGAGGGACCGAGAGUCAAGGGGCGAACUGGGGAACAGGCUCUGCAGUGGGCUUCCAAGCGCGUCUCGCGAAUACAUCAACGAUAGGGCGGGGGACUGGGGUGAAGCCAUUUCGACUGCUGGGACUUUCUAGACUUUUCUGAACUGGUAAAUAGCCACCCUGUACAGUGUCUGUGCUGUUUGUGUAUGCAAUGUGGAAGUAAAACCCAUUUAAGGCCACAUUUGCAAACUGGACUGCAGCAGGGAGGAAGGAGAUAUGGAAUUUCCAUUGGUCUCGGUGAGUCGCACAUUUGGUCCUCGUCUCUGGUGAUGCCCGUGGUGUGGGGAUCUCCGUGCAGCUCAGGAAAACAGGGCGUCGGAGGAUGAUGGUAAUGAUAGGAUCAUCAUGGCAAACGGAACUGGUACUAUUAUGUUGAAAUGCGUUGUGGUUGGAGACGGUGCUGUGGGCAAAACGUGUCUGUUGAUGAGCUAUGCCAACGACGCCUUUCCAGAGGAGUAUGUGCCCACUGUGUUUGACCAUUAUGCAGUGAGUGUCAACGUUGGCGGAAAGCAGUACUUAUUGGGACUGUAUGACACAGCUGGUCAGGAGGACUAUGACCGCUUGAGGCCUUUGUCGUACCCCAUGACUGAUGUCUUCCUCAUCUGCUUUUCUGUGGUCAACCCUGCUAGUUUCCAGAAUGUGAGGGAGGAGUGGGUCACCGAACUGCAGGAGUAUGCCCCAAGUGUCCCCUACCUCCUCAUAGGCACUCAGAUUGACCUGCGUGAUGACCCCAAGACAAUUGCCAAACUGAAUGACAUGAAGGAGAAACCCAUCACCACAGAGCAGGGCCAGAAGCUAGCCAAGGGGAUCGGUGCGUGUGUCUACGUGGAAUGCUCGGCUCUCACCCAGAAAGGACUGAAAACUGUGUUUGAUGAGGCCAUUAUUGCUAUCCUGACCCCCAAGAGGAAGAAGGGAGUCCUGAAGAGCAGACUGGGGCCACGCUAUAUCAACUGCUGCCUCAUCACGUGAGAGAGAUGGAAACAUCCAAAAACACCUGGGUCAUAUUUAUUAGGGCAUGCAAUGGAAAAUGUUUUAAAACAUGUGAAAACAGAAAACAAAAACAAGCAUUUCUUAUUGGAUAAGAUCAGGUAGCCCCACCCUGUUUCAGACUGUUUUCUUCCAUUUGGUGCCUAAUGAAUACACCCCUGAAUACAAACCAGAACGAAUGACCGAGACCGCAGAGAGGUCAUAAGAGGGAGAGAGAGAGACAGAAGGACCGAAAUGGACAAGGACCCUAUUUUUAGUUCGGGGCUCUUGAGCGGUUUUGUCUCUCUCCUGCUGUCGACCAAUGGAGUUAGGGGGCAGCUUUACAACAAAAGGAGCACAAUACCCAAGUCAACAACGCCCUUCAGUAAGACUUUAUUUGCCUUUAAAAGUUGUUUGUUUUUAAAUGUUUUAAAAUAUUUUUCCUGUACAAAAACAUGCUGUCAGAAAAGGUAUCAUGGUGUCCAUUUAACUCCUGAUAUGAUGUGUAUUUUUUGUAAUAUAUGCUGUAGAAAUGAAUGGGUGGAUUGCAUUUAUUGAAAGCGCUUUCCAUCAAGCCUCCAAGAGCUUUACAUUGUGUGUUGAGGAACUCACCUCAGCCACUACCAAUGAAAUACAUUGUUUAAAAGAACAGGCUAUUCCCCUCAACUAUGGGGAGUUGUUAUGAGUUGUCUUUGUCUUUUUUCUACUAAUCCCAUAUUUUAUGACAUUAUCUGCUCUUCUUGCUCAGUUUGCGGUGCUUGCAGUAUUAUUACAAAACAUGGACUUGAAUUAGUCAGUAACCCAAUGGUGGCCAAAUAAUUGAAUGCACACAGCUGCAUGGGAUACAGGGAUGUGGGGAGAGGGACACAAACAGAUACUGUAUCUCUAGCACACAACAUGAAGCACAGUCCACAUACCUAUCCCUGUCCAUUAAAGCACAGUUAAAAGUCAACCUGCCCACCCCUACCCUUAGCACUAUCAUGCUGACCUGAACAUACUGUGUACUAUGGUGGAUGCAGAAGUUGAACCAGCCCAUCCCAAUUCAGCUCAGUUUGGCUUGGCUCAGUAGUGUGAAAAGGGUACCUCUCAAUUCUGCCAUUGAAGCACAGAACAUACCAUGGUUACAACAUCCACCCCCAAUGGCUAAGGGGGCGCACGCAUUAGCACAAUAAGCCUCCUCCAACCAUAUUCCCACCCCCGCCUUUAAGAAGACCCUCUUUAUACACAUAUACCCUCCGUCCCUUCCCCAGCCGGAAGAUAUUUCUCUUUAUUGUAUUUUUUGUGUUUUGAUUUUUUUUCUAUCCAUUGGGAAGGUGCUUGCUGACUGCCUGGUCUUACAGUUGUGUUUUUUUAGGUCCGAGUUGGACUUGUUGAUUAAAGCUUUAAAGUAAAUGGUGCUCCUCUCUUUCUCAUUCUCUGUCCCAGCCUGCAGUGCUGUGUACCAUUUUUCCUAGAAGAGCAGAAUGGAUUAUUGAGUGUUAACAUUCUCUCUUUACCAGGAAAUUGUUGCACAUGCUGAUACUGAGGUAAAUUGAAUGGAUCUAUAGCAGUGCAGAAACAAAUGCAGCUUCCGGUUAAUCCUUUCUCUACUCAAUAAAUGUGUUUACUAUCUA